AUGACAGCUAAGCCCGUAUCGGAAGAAGUCGAGAAAAUGAAAACUUCAACAUGGGGUGGUAGUGAAAAGAAAGAAACAGAUAUGGAUGGGUUAGGAGGCUUGGAGUCUGGCUUAGCUGGAUCUGGAACUGGUACAAGUGAGAACGAUAUUUCUGACAUCGAAGCGUCGGAGAGGAAUUUCGAUAAAGGGAAGACCUUUGAAUCUGCGAAGCCGCCAUUUGAAUCGAGUGAAGUGGUACAACCAGAUCAAGCUGAGUCAAAGGAUGAACAAAUUUCGGCUCCAGUAACAGCCCCUCCAUUGGUAGGACCUCCUCCUAAUGGCGGACUCAAAGCAUGGCUAGUUGUGGCCGGAGGAUUUUUCGCAUUGUUCAAUUCAUGGGGAGUAGUAAAUGCAUUUGGAUCAUUCCAAGCUUAUUAUAGUACGAAUCUGCUGAAAAAUGAGAGUGACUCGGCAAUUUCGUGGAUCGGAGCUAUCCAAGGUUUUAUUAUUGUUUCAACUGGUAUUAUUGUAAGUGCAAAUGGUACAGGCGUUCCUCGAGUUGGUGUCUUCUGA